UCCUGCAGUGACUGGACGACAGGAGGGGCCUGGUCACUGUGAUAUACACAGUAAGUAAGAUACUGCUGUGUACACGGGGGUCGUGCCGACAGUAAGUAGUUGAGCCCGGUGAGUAAACAGUUGUCCUGCCACAAGUUGCAUAAAAGACCGAUUCCCCUCCUCUUGCUCCACACCAAUGUGGUUGUCGGUGCUGCUGUUCGCUGGUGUGGCCUGGGGCUCGCUGGCCGAGAACGUGGUGGUCAGAACGAGGCUGGGUGAGGUCAGGGGCAGUCGGGUCAGCACCGGACCCUCGGAGUAUGUGGACGUCUUCCUCGGUAUCCCCUAUGCUCGCCCGCCAGUAGGACGCUCGCGCUUCAGGCGCCCCCAGCGACCCCAACCGUGGCCAGGGGUUCGUGAUGGGACGCAGUUCGGUCCCGUGUGUCAUCAGCCCUUCACCUCACCCACACUUCCGGUGUCAGAGGACUGCCUCAACCUCAAUGUCUACGUUCCUAAGGCAGCCACCGCGCGCCGUCCACUGUCCGUGAUGGUGUGGAUCCACGGAGGAGGGUUCAUGCAAGGGUCGGGAGCCUACUACAACGGCACGGAGCUUGCACAGAGGGGGGUCAUCGUGGUCACCAUCAACUAUCGUCUGGAUGUGCUGGGAUUCAUGUCCACGCUGGAUAGCAACUGUCCGGGUAACUUCGGACUUCUGGAUCAGAUCUCAGCCUUACGAUGGAUCCAAACAAACAUUGCUAGUUUCCGUGGCAACCCACAGGAUGUAACAGUUUUUGGUCAGAGUGCUGGAGCGGCCGCCGUUUCCUUUCUUCGCCUGUCACCUCUAGCCAGAGGCCUGUUCCACAAAGCUAUCAUGGAGAGCGGGGGAUCGGUGGGUGCGUGGACAGGAGGGUACCCAGCCAACACGUCACAACCUCUCGCCAUGGCCAGGGCCCUGGGCGCCAAGGUCGGGUGCAACAACGUCAGCACCGCUGCUCUGGUCACGUGUCUUCGGCGUCAGCCUGCGGUCACCCUCAUCAACGCCAGCGCCAGUCUCAAUCUGGAGAUCACAGAGUCGUUUCUGCCAGUGAUGGGAGACGCAUACGGGGUGCUGCCUGCCCACCCUUAUGAGCUGCUGCGACAAGGGAAAGGCCGUCACGUGACCUCCAUUCGUGGAGUGAAUGCAGAUGAAUACCUGUACUUUACCUUAGUGUACACCGGCCUGUCUAAGUAUGAACCAGACAAAGCAGAGCAGACGAUCCGUAACGUCCUCUCGAGGAGCUUUCCCCUCCACGUUCUGGACAACGUCACCAGGGCAGCUGUACAGCUGUACGUCACCCGACCUGGCCGCACCAGCCCGGAACAGAUCCGCUAUGCCUACAGCGAGUUAAUGACUGACUUUUAUUACGUGGCACCUGUGGUGCUAGAGACAAAGCUGACGGCGAGGAUUCCCUCCGCUGCCAGACAAUACCUGUACGUCUUUGAUUACACACCUGGCAAUGCAUCCUGGACAGGAGUACCUCAUGAGACGGAACUUCCCUUCGUGUUCGGCCAGGCGGCCUCCCAUCAGACAAGAUUCUACAACAUGCCGCGGUUCACCUGGACACCGGCGGACACGGCGAUGUCUGACCGCAUCAUGACCAUGUGGACAAACCUGGCGAAAUUCGGCAAUCCCACACCCGAGGAAGUUAACGGCACCACAUGGGCUCCGUACACGGUGGCCACCCAGAGCUACCUGAACAUUUCCACCCGUCUCCUCACAGGCAGUCACCUGAGACAGGAGCAGGUGGAAUUCUGGAGUGCCAUCUUCCAAGACUUAUACACAAUACAAUACAGCAACAUAGUUCGUGCAAAGAAAACAGCACUGGCCGCCCUAGAUACUUCUGAUGACCUACAAAGCAUAUCUCUCUCUCUCUCGCCACCAGCCAUUGCGCCAUACGCCAGUCAGGGACUAUUUAAGGGUGGGGAGAAGACAUUCACGGUAUCUGUAAACCUUGACGGGUAUUUAUACACCCGCCUAUCACAACAGACCCAGUUGACGACAGCCAUGCUGCCAACAUUAGUGGUUCUGGUGGCCGUGAGUCUGGGCACGACGACAGCGACGGACGUGGUGGUGACCACUAGACUGGGUCAGCUGAGAGGGUCGAGGGUCAGCACUGGACCGUCCACAUACCUGGACACGUUUCUGGGUGUCCCCUACGCCAAGCCUCCUGUUGGACCUCUGCGGUUGGCUGCCACCCAGCCAGUGGGACAAUGGACAGGAACGCUGGACGCCACCCGGUAUGGGCCGGCGUGUCCACAGCUAUCCCACCCUCCACCUGCACCCACUAGCGAGGACUGCCUGACCCUCAACAUCAUAGCACCCGGAUCGACACCCUGCAACCAUAAUCCACUUCCGGUGAUGGUGUUUAUUCAUGGAGGAGGCUUCUGGGAAGGAGGCGGCAUAUCUUUCAAUGGGACCGAACUUGCUCGAAAAGGCGUCGUGUUCGUGACCAUCAACUACAGGCUGGACGUUCUCGGUUUCUUGUCAACCCAAGACGAUGUCAGUCCAGGAAACUAUGGGCUUCUCGAUGCCAUCGAGUCCUUGAAGUGGAUCAAAGCCAACAUCGCGAGCUUUGGCGGGAACCCCAGUGACGUCACAAUAUUCGGGGAGAGCGCCGGCAGCAUCAUCUCUUCUCAUCUGAGAAUCUCUCCACUCGCUCGAGGUCUUUUCCAGAAGGUGAUCAUGGAGAGCGGGUUUUCAGUGUGCAAGUGGGCCUUCAUUUUACCGACAGCCACCCCGAGUCCACUGACGUCUGCUCAAGCCCUCGCCACCAAGCUCGGGUGCCCCGUCAACCAGGGCUCGGGUGCUCUCGUCACGUGCGUCAAGAAUCAGCCUCUGGAUCGUCUUCUCAACGUCAGCGCUUCCCUUCGGACUGAGUACGCCAGCGUCUUCCUGCCGGUGGUGGAGACAGGUUUUGGUGUCCUCCCCAAGGCCCCGGAACAACUCAUCAGGGAGGGGUCAGGCAGCGGGAUUCUUGCUAUUCGAGGAAGCAACAAAGACGAAGACAUAAUUAGUUUCACUAUGAUGUCACCUCUUUCAAUGAACCUGAGCACUGCCGAGACUACCGUCAUGCAAUUCGCGGCGACAUACUUCCCUCGUGGGGUGCAGCAGGCAACAGCAGCAAUACUCCAGGAGUACAUCCUGGGGCCAAACCACACGACAGGUCUGCAACUUAUCCAGGAUCUAGGCCAGAUCAUCACUGACCUGCGCUUCAACUACCCCAUGCUGAGGGAAAGUUUACUGAGUGCAAGUGUACCCGGGGCUGCUCGUCAGUAUGUGUAUCAGUUCAGCUACCUGUCCCCUAAUUCUCGCUUUCCUCAGUGGGCAGGUGUACCCCACACAGCAGAACUACCCUUUGUCUUCGGCUCACCUUUUGACUUGACAGCAAACUGGACUGACACGGACAAAAAGGUGUCCAGUGACAUGAUGGACAUGUGGACAAACUUUGCCAAGUUCGGCGACCCCACGCCUCUGAACAGUGCCUUUGACCCCAACCCUCUGGCCGUUGAUGUCCUCAUAUGGCUGCCCUACACACCGGCGGUGCAGGCGUACCUGAGGUUCGAGACUAAACCGUCACUGAGCUCCCACCUCAACAGAAACAAAAUGGAGUUCUUGGAGAGUCUUUAUGAACAAUAUGGACAAAAACGUCAACACCGAGCAGCCCAGUUGACGACAGCCAUGCUGCCAACGUUGGUGGUCCUGGUGGCCGUGAGUCUGGGCACGACGACAGCGACGGACGUGGUGGUGACCACCAGACUGGGUCAGGUGAGAGGGUCGAGGGUUAGCACUGGACCGUCCACAUACCUGGACACGUUUCUGGGUGUCCCUUACGCCAAGCCUCCUGUUGGAGCUUUGCGGUUCGCUGCCACCCAGCCAGUGUCACCAUGGAGAGGAACACUGGACGCCACCCGGUAUGGGCCGGCGUGUCCACAAAGUAGGCGUGGAGGGACGAGCGAGGACUGCCUGACCCUUAACAUUGUAGCACCCGGCUCGAGACCCUGCAACCAAGGUCUCCUUCCGGUGAUGGUGUAUAUUCAUGGAGGAGGCUUCGUGGAAGGAGCCAGCGCCGAUUUCAACGGAACCAGACUGGCGCAGAAGGGCGUUGUCUUCGUGACCAUCAACUACAGACUCGACAUUCUCGGUUUCUUGUCAACCCAAGACGACGCCAGUCCAGGAAACUAUGGGCUUCUGGACGCCAUCGAGUCCUUGAAGUGGAUCAAAGCCAACAUCGCGAGCUUUGGCGGGAACCCCGGUGACGUCACAAUAUUCGGGGAGAGCGCCGGCGGCGCCAUCUGCUCUCUCUUACGAAGCUCUCCUCCUGCUCAAGGUCUUUUCCAGAAGGUGAUCAUGGAGAGCGGGGUUUCAGUGUGCAAGUGGGCCUCCAUGUUACCGACAUCCACCCCGAGUCCACUGACGUCUGCUCAAGCUGUCGCCACUAAGCUCGGGUGCCCCGUCAACCAGGGCUCGGGUGCUCUCGUCACGUGCGUCAAGAAUCAGCCUCUUGAUCGUGUCCUCAAUGCCAGCGCUUCCAUUCGGACUUCUUACCUCAGCGUCUUCGUGCCGAUGGUGGAGACAGGUUUUGGUGUCCUCCCCAAAGCUCCCGAACAACUCAUUCGGGAAGGGGCAGGCAGAGGGAUUCUUGCUAUUCGAGGGACCAACAGAGAUGAAGUGAAGGUCACCUCUUCAAUGAACCUGACUGAUGCCGAGGCUGCCAUCAUGCAACAGGCUUUGAUAUAUUUCCCUCGUGGUGCUCAGCAAGCAACAACAGCACUACUCCAGGAGUAUAUCCUGGGGGCAAAUUAUACGACGAACCCGCAGAUUGCCCAGGGUGUGAACCAGAUCUGUUCCGACCUGUACUUCAACUACCCCAUGAUGAAGGAAAGUUUGCUGAGUGCAAGUGUUCCCGGGUCUGCUCGUCAGUAUGUGUAUCAGUUCAGCUACCUGUCCCCACGCUUAGGUUUCCCCGAGUGGGCAGGUGUACCGCACACAGCCGAAAUUCCGUUUGUAUCUGGCUUACCUUUUGAUGCCACGAAAAACUGGACUGACACGGACAAGCAGGUGUCCAACGACAUGAUGGACAUGUGGACAAACUUCGCCAAACACGUCGACCCCACUCCUCUGAACAGCGUCCUUGACCCCACACCUCUGGACUCUGACGGGGUCAUGUGGUUGCCGUACACACCGGCGGUACAGGCGUACCUGAGGUUCGAGUCUAAGCCGUCACUGAGCUCGCGCCUCAACAGAAACAAAAUGGAGUUCCUGGAGACACCAGUCGUGGUGAGCCUGAGGCGAGUAUUUAAACUGACUGCCUGCUGCUGGAGUUCAUUAAUUUCAGCCAUGCUUCGGGUACUGACUGUGCUGCCAGCGUUUCUCCUCGCCGUCGUGGCGGAGGACGUGGUGGUGACCACUACACUGGGUCAGCUGAGAGGGUCAAGGGUCAGCACUGGACCUUCAACAUACCUGGACACGUUUUUUGGUGUCCCCUACGCCAAGCCUCCUGUUGGGGCUUUACGUCUCAUGCCGACACAACCAGCGGAGCCCUGGCAAGGGGUGCUGGACGCCACCCGAUACGGUCCUGAGUGUCCACAGCUCCCACUACCCUUUGACCCCAACCCCAGCCCAACCCCAACCAGCGAAGAUUGCCUUACUCUCAACAUCUUCACCCCCGGGCUUCAGGAUGUAGUAUCACGGACCCGGUCAGCCCACAGAGACCCUCGUGGUCCCCAGCGGCGUUUGAAGCACCAAGCUGACCCUCCAAGACUCCUCCCUGUCAUGAUGUUUGUUCAUGGAGGUGCCUUCAAGGGGGGCAGUGGCUCCAGGUUCAACGGCACGGAACUCGCUAAACGUGGAGUCGUGGUCGUCACCAUCAACUACAGACUGGACAUUCUAGGAUUCUUGUCGACUCUGGAUGAUUCCAGCCCAGGAAACUACGGUCUUCUCGACAUGAUCCAAGCUCUGAAAUGGAUCAAAGCCAACAUCGCCAGUUUCCAUGGUAACCCAAAUGAAAUCACAGUGUUCGGAGAAAGUGCUGGAAGUCUGAGCUUAUCUCACUUAAGGAUAUCGCCUUUAGCCAGGGGACUCUUCAAUAAGGUGAUCAUGGAGAGUGGCUUCGCUACCUGCCAGUGGGCCAGAAAGCUACCCACAGACACCCCGAGUCCUCUCACGUUUGCCAAGCUGGUUGCCGCCAAAGUGGGUUGUCCUGUGGACAGUGGCACGGCUGCCCUGGUGGCAUGCAUCAAGAGUAAGCCUGUGGACGUCCUGCUCCCCGCCAGCGCCGCCUUCCUGGACGGAUCGCCCGCCAUCUUCAUACCGGUUGUAGAGACAGGAUUCGGUGUCAUCCCGAAAAACCCAGAGGAACUGAUACGGGAGGGAGCAGGCAGUGACAUUCUCUCCAUUCGCGGCAGCAACAAGGACGAGGAUACGAUCGAAGCUUUAAUUCAACCGUUCACCAGUUACACCCUGUCUGAUGCCCAGGCUGAUAUCAGGACAUACGCCACAACCUACUUCAGACAGGGCUUAGACAAUGUCACCGCCAUCCUUCUCAACGAGUAUGUGACCCAGGUGAACCCCACCACCCCACAGCAGCUUUACGUGGCUGUCUCCCAGAUGAAGACAGACCUCCGCUUCAAUUAUCCGAAGCUGAACGAGUCUCAGGUGACCGCCAACAGAAGGGGGUCCGCACCCCAGUUCGUCUACCAGUUCACCUACCAGUCACCCAGCUUAGGUUUUCCUUCUUGGAUAGGUGUGCCACACACUGCCGAGUUACCUUUCGUGUUUGGAGAUCCUUUUAACGGCCGUAAAAACUGGACGGACGCUGAUAAGCGGGUGGCCGCCAAUGUGAUGGACUUGUGGACCAACUUCGCCAAGUUUGGGGAUCCCACACCUCCGGGGUACAGCGGGGUGAGAUGGUCGCCGUACAACUCUCAGACUCAGGUGUACCUGACUAUUGACGACCGGCCGUCGCUGAACUCUCACUUGUUUCAAAAGCGGAUGGACCUCAUUAAAUCCCUUUACGAUCAAUUCGGACAUUACUGAAAACUUUUUCAUAAAAAAACUGGUCAGUAGUGUGGUGACCAAAAACAAUGAUCAUGGUGAUGCUGCUGCUGAUUAUUAUUAUUAAUAAAUUAAAUUUUCAAGAGGA